CGGCACGUUGGAGUCGGAAUGAAUCAAAAACAGCCAUUUCCAAGUACUGACCUAUCCAUUUGUAGAGAUCAGUGUCAAAAGCGCAAAAUUCAUUAAUCGUUAACGAAACGUCAGUUCUUACAAGUUUUGCUUUUGGCGUAUUGGGUACCGCGCAAAAUGUCAAUACUUGUUUUGUUAAGUUUAUUUUGUGAAAUUGAGAUUAAUUUGUUAAUCUAACAUCGGCCGACAUAAUUAAAGGGCCUUGUUUUUGUGUUUGUGUUGAGCUAGUAGCCCCAGUGUGAUACAAUUUAAUGAAUACUUAAUAAAGGUGAUUAUAUUUAGCUGCAUUGACAAAGAUGCAGCGAAAGCCAGGCUUCCCCGUGGCCAAUUGCAGUAUCAAAAUGCAGCCAGAUGCAAGCACUCCGGAGAUAUGUACUGGUGAGGAAGAUUGGGAGCCCCCGCAGCGACGGCAGCAGCUGAUCAACUUUGGACACUCCCAGUGGGGCUUCAACAACUGGAGCUGGUCUGUCAGCAAGCAGGAUCUUGAUUUUGUGGAUUGUGUGGGGAACAAGUGUACAGCUGGUGUGGCAGCUUUUGUGUCAGUGACAGUGAAGAGCUUUGACAUACACAGGGAGAAUGUGGGCUAUGCUACUGCUAUUGGCCCUAACAAGGGCUCCGCUAUACACAGAGCUAGGAAGUGUGCUGUUACAAAUGCAUUGCGAGAGACCCUGCUGAGUUUUGGUGGUAGCGUGGCCACAGAACUGAUGGAACUCUUAGAUACAAACAAAGUGGAGGUCACCCCUCCGCCCCCGGAGCCACUCAAAGAGAACAACCAGAAUGUGGCCAACAAGCAGGAGCCCAAAAACAGUCCCCUCAAUAAAAAUAUACGAAAAGAGUCGGAUAGCAGCGCCUCAGUGAACCGACCCGUCAUCCCGCCGGCAAUCAAGAACGCGGUGCUGACCCCCGCGCCGCCAGUAGCCAAGGCGCACCCCAUGCCCGCCAACUUGCCGCCCGCCGCCAACGUGCCGCGCGCUCCGCGACCCCCUGCGCCGCACCCCCCGCCGCAGCACGCACAGCACCCGCAGCAUCCGCAGCACGCACAACACCCGCAGCACGCGCAGCACGCGCACAUGCGCCCAAACUCCAACGUAAGUUUCGUCCUGCCAGUGAUGAGCGGCGUCGUGCCCCCCCUGUACCCGCCGCCGCGUCUUGCGCCCCCCCACGUCGGCCCGCCACACAUAUUCCCCAACGCGUACUACGAGUACUCUGCCGGCCCCUGGCACUUCACCUACGAGAGCUUCGACCGACAUCACAGCAAUGUCAAUUUGAAUUUCAACAUACCCCCAAAAAACCUCGUGGUCAAUUCCCGGUCCGGUUCCGAAUGUAAGAACGCGUGCGUACGGCCCGGUGGACUGGAGGGGGAGCCGGUGCAGUACGGCCCGCAGCAGAACCAGGGCUGCUGGAUCAAGCCCACCAUCUUCUAUGAUGGCUUCUGGACGGAGCAGAAAGUGAAGAAGUGGGUGGCCGAGCAGGUCGAGAAGCAGUUCCCCGACGAAAGCUUGCACAAGACGCACUCCCCCAGCUCGGGACCGGACGCCACGCCGCCUAAAUCUUAAUUAUGUAAAACAUCUCAUUCCUUACAUGAUGUAUUCAGUAGUUUGAUAUGUGAUAUAUCUCUUGAAUGUUGAUGUUAGAUGAAAGUAAGCUACAUACAUCUCAAUUACCUAAGGACUACGACAUUGAACUUCGUAUUGACUGCAUUUCUUAUCACUUGACUUAGUUAGUGAGGGGGGCCGAUUGACUUCAAAUUAUAAAGUAGUAUACACUUGGGCAUAUGUUUGAAAAGCGAAUAAUGAUUUUAUUAUGUAUGUCUUUGAUAAUGUGUUUAUCAAUGUACAAAUAUAUUAUUUAAAUAUUGACUUGAAACCGUUCCAAAAAAACUUAUACAUAUCUUUAGAUCGGUUUUUAAAUUUGAAAUUUUAACAAACAAAUAAGUUUGUUAUUCUCGUAAAUUAAACAGAAGUUCUGGAAUCUUCAGUGAUUUAAUUUUUCUUGCCAAACUAUGAUGUCUCAUGGUUUUUGAUGUGUAUUUAGGGUGACGCUAAUAAUGGCAACCCUAAAGCAAAAUUGGUAGAAAAAAAGUUGAUUUUGAAAUGGUGAAGAGAAUGAAAAUUUACAAGUGCCCCAAUAUAUCUCCAAACACUGCCAACUUACGGAGAAUACCUCCAUUAAGAAAUAACUGAUAUGAAGUAAUUUUGUGGUAAUGAUUUCCCUCUUCGAAUGUCAAUUGUAUAACUAAUGUUGCCAUAAACCAACGAGAUGGUAAAUUUGGUGGCAACACUAUUUUUUUUAUAACUUUAGGACUCCUUUCAGACUUGUAUGGUACAUAUAGUAGUCUUUUUUAGUCAAAGAAAGAUAUAAUAUGUGACAUUCAGUGGAGUUCAGAGUAAGUUUUGUAGUACUGUGUCGCGUGAGAAAUGCUACAUAAGUAGCAAUGAGCCUUAGCACUUGGAGUUAGUGAUUCUAUUUUAGUCGUUAGUAAGGGCGUAUUAGUAAUUUCUUUUUUUUUUAAAUCUCUAAAAUCGGUAAACUAUUUUUUAUUGAAUCUUUUCCAAGUUACUAGUAUUAGGAAUAAGUGUUAUUAGUGUAAGUGCUUAGUAGGACGUGGUUUUACGUGUCAUUUGAAUUGGUCUACUAGAUGACGUAGGGUGUUUUAUAUGACAGUGUUUUCCAACUUUUUUUAAUCUAUAUACUUGUAAUGGCCAUAAAUAAUGUUUUUUUUUAAACAAUGGAAUUCGAUUAAAGUUUUAAUGAAUAUAAUUUGGAUCACUAUUUAAGGCUCUCCAGGUUUGAACCUUGAACGAAAUAUUUCCAUAGAAGUCGGUUUGUAAACACGGCUAAACACUCACGUAUAUUCGUCCGGUGGCGGCACCGACUAGUUUCGAGCCCCCG